AUAUAGUGCUAGUUCAAGUGAGCUAUAACAAUUGUAUACUGAUCAUUAAACAAGAUACUAGAAAUAUAUCAAAGAUAUGGGGAAAGUAUCUUUUGGGUUUUUGGGUUUGAUGCUUGUAGUCGUGGUGCUUGGGGUUGUGGAAUGUAGGAGAUUUGAGAAGGAGACGUUGGGAGGCGGUGGACUUGGCUUUGGUUUUGGUGGCGGUAAAGGUUUUGGAGGAGGAAUUGGUGGUGGUGGAGGUGCCGGUGGAGGUUUUGGUGGUGGUGUAGGAGGAGGCCAUGGUGGCGGGUUAGGAGGUGGCAUUGGUGGAGGCCACGGUGGAGGUAUUGGUGGUGGUGCUGGAGGUGGUGCCGGUGGAGGAUUAGGUGGUGGCGGAGGGCUUGGAGGAGGCCACGGUGGAGGUAUUGGUGGAGGUGCCGGUUCUGGCGUAGGAGGCGGUUCCGGUGGAGGACUAGGAGGAGGUCACGGUGGAGGUAUUGGCGGUGGUGCUGGUGGAGGACUAGGAGGAGGCCACGGUGGAGGUAUAGGUGGUGGUUCUGGUGGUGGUGCCGGUGGAGGAGCUGGUGGUGGUUUAGGAGGUGGUUCAGGAGGCGGUGCUGGUGGAGGACUAGGAGGAGGCCACGGUGGAGGUAUUGGCGGUGGUGCCGGAGGAGGUGCUGGAGGUGGUGCAGGAGCUGGUGGAGGUAUUGGUGGUGGUGCUGGUGGAGGACUAGGAGGAGGACUAGGAGGAGGACUAGGAGGAGGCCACGGUGGAGGUAUUGGCGGUGGUGCAGGAGGAGGUGCUGGUGGAGGACUAGGAGGAGGCAACGGUGGAGGUAUUGGCGGUGGUGCUGGUGGUGGUCUAGGAGGUGGUGUUGGAGGAGGACACGGUGGAGGUCUCGGGGGUGGUGCAGGUGGUGGUAGCGGUGGAGGAUUAGGCGGUGGUGCUGGAGGAGGUGCCGGAGGAGGAUUCGGAGGAGGUGCCGGUGGAGGAGCUGGCGGAGGAUUCGGUGCUGGUGGAGGAGCUGGCGGAGGAUUCGGUGGUGGUGCAGGUGGGGGUCACGGUGGAGGUUUCGGCGGGGGAUUUGGUGGAGGAUCAGGCGGAGGAUUCGGUGGGGGAGCCGGAGGAGGAUUCGGCGGCGGUGGUGGAGCAGGUGGUGGAUUUGGCGGUGGACUUUAAAUAUUCAUACAACAUCUUUUCUUAGCUUGAACUAAGCUAGGGCUAAUUACUUAUGUGCCAAGUCACAUGAUAAGCAAGUAUAUUAUAUUUUCUUUGUGAUUUAUUAUAUGUAUGAAUCAUACUUACAAAGCUAUACCCUAUUCACAGGUCA